AACCAUUACUGACAUGCUAUAGAUGGAAUACGUUAUUGUGUGCAAUUUUCCAAAAGACUAUGGUGCAACCUUUAGGCCUAGGGAAAACAAAGGUUCACUUCCCUAUUAGGGUGAAUAUGGUCAAUGAACAUUAAACUUCUAUUCAAACACAUCCUACUUAAAAACAUUGUCUCUACUUAAAAUUGUCAGCCCAGAAUCAUGUUUCUAAAAAUCGAAUCGAGAGCUAUAAAAUUGCGAGUGCUUGAAAUUGCAUAGGCCACCACACCUUUUUGUUAUCUAUUAUGCCUGGUUCUAUGCAUAGGAAUUAAACGUAGAUUUGACCUUGGAUAAACAAACCUGUCGCCCGAGAUAAGGACAAAAAUGGGGAUCAUCAGCAUAUCUUCAAAAGCCCAUUGUGACCCCAGGAAGAAAGUAAAAUCAUAUAGUCAGAAGUUUUACAGAAGAUACAGAACACAAUGCAUCCUCUGUCUGGCAAAAGAUGUUGCCCUGCUCAAAGCCAUUCCCUAUUUUCUUUUGACCUUAUAUUCAUAUUGACUUGUAGUCUUUAUAUUGUGUUUUGUCUUCACCCCUUCGAUGAAUAUAUUUUUCUGGCAUUUUAAUAUUGGUGCCCUUGGACAUGAAUGGAUAUCCUGCAGACAAUGCAUGGACAUAAAGACGGUAAAUGUUUGUGUCCCAGUUCCAGUGUUUAUUUAUGAUUGAUACGUUAAUAAAAUCAUUUACAGUGCAAUUCUGUGUUUUAGUUAUUGCAUUAUAUGGCAAUGUUUUGUAUGAUGUUGCGCUGUAUGAUGCAGUAAUGCAAAGCACUUUAUUGCAAUGUAUGCCACCUAAACAGAAUUAUGACGGUUGCCUGUUUUGAGUACUCGAUUUGACAAUAUUUUAUGACCGAUGGUCACUCACUAAAAAUCAACAGAACUUCUAGUGCCACACUCGUAAGACAGAUGUAGUGGGUUGAUCCAUUGUUGCACGUUUUAGUAAUCCCCACGAUCCUUUGAUAAAAGCAUUUGCAUGAUGUCCCUUAGCACUCUCAUAGCUCUUCAUAGAAACAUACCCUAAACAUUUCGUAUGCCUCCUGCACACUUUGUCAAAAGCCGUUUCAGAGCGCGAGUUGUUCUAAAGAAGAUUUACCUUCAAUAACCAUUUGUUAAACCUCCAUCCAUUUAAGUGCAGUGCCCCACUGCCCAGUAGUGUCUGUUAAUCCUGAUUACGGACAAGAGGAGGAGAGUGGACAGGAGAACAGGGGUCUAUAGAUCAGGUUGCUGGUGAGCUGCCGAGCUAAACUUCCAGAGCAUCAUGUCUCCCUUUAAGGCCUGGUGCAUAGAGGAGACAACGGGCAUUGUGAAUACUGGAGACUGGGUUUCCCACCAGGACUGCUGUUGGUAGCUGUGUGUGUUUGAUUUUGUGAGUGUGCAGGCCAGAUAAAGAAUGUCCUGAAGUUGGUCAACUGGAAGAGGGAUCUACUGCCGCAUUGAGAGGAGUUAUGACCGACGAUGAGGACACAGUUUGAGACGGAGGAAGAACAUCGCAGUACCCGGGGGAAUGGAGGGCAGGGGUCUGGGUGGAAUGAAGAAAAGUGGCUCCACCAAGCGCUCUUCCAUUAAGCGCAGUGCCUCGUCCAGCUCACAGAAGAUACAGAGAGCAUGGAUAGAGAGAACAUUUCAGAAAAGAGAAUGCAUCCAAAUCAUCCCCAGUAAAGAUGCGACCAGGUGCAGCUGUGGUCAGCUGGUGACCCAGCAUGUGGCCCUUCCCCCCGGGGCCCCGGCCAAAGAGGAGGCCAACCCUCUGGUCCAGGUGGUGGAGCUGCCGCCCGAGCGCUGGUCUGUGGCCAAACACACGAAGGUCUCCCCCACAGACUCCUACGGCAGCCUCGAGUUCAAGGGCGGCGGUCACACAAACAAGGCCAUGUACAUCCGGGUGUCGCACGACUCCAAGCCUGACUCCCUGCUCCACCUGAUGGUGAAAGACUGGCAGCUGGAGCUGCCCACCCUCCUCAUCUCGGUCCACGGAGGUCUGCAGAACUUUGAGCUACAGCCCAAGCUCAAGCAGGUGUUUGGGAAGGGGCUGAUCAAAGCUGCUGUCACCACCGGAGCCUGGAUCUUCACGGGGGGAGUCAGUACCGGGGUGAUCCGGCAUGUUGGGGAUGCACUGAAAGACCACUCCUCCAAGUCUAGAGGGAAGGUGUGUGCCAUCGGCUUUGCUCCAUGGGGGAUCGUGGAGAAUAAGGAAGACCUCAUUGGCAAAGAUGUGACCAGGCCGUACCAGACCAUGUCCAACCCGCUCAGCAAGCUGUCGCCGCUGAACAGCAGCCACUCCCACUUCAUACUGGCCGACAACGGCACCUGCGGCAAGUACGGCGCCGAGGUCCGCCUGCGCCGACAGCUGGAGAAGCACAUCUCCCUGCAGAAGAUCAACACACGUUUGGGUCAGGGCGUGCCUCUGGUCUGUCUGAUUCUGGAGGGCGGGCCCAACGUGAUCUCUAUCGUUCUGGAGAGCCUGAGGGAGGAGCCCCCGGUGCCUGUGGUGGUCUGUGACGGCAGUGGGCGGGCCUCUGACAUCAUUUCCUUUGCACAUAAAUACAGCGAAGAGGAUGGGAUGGUGAGUGAUAACGUCAAAGACCAGCUACUGGUCACCAUCCAGAAGACCUUCAGCUACAACCGUGCUCAGGCUCAGCAGAUUUUCCUCAUGGUCAUGGAGUGCAUGAAGAAGAGAUCCCUGAUAACUGUGUUUCGCAUGGGUUCGGAAGGGCAACAUGAUGUUGAAAUGGCCAUAUUGACUGCUCUACUGAAAGGUACCAAUGCAUCGGCCCCUGACCAGCUCAGUCUGGCCUUGGCCUGGAACAGAGUGGACAUCGCACGCAGCCAGAUCUUUGUGUACGGAACCCAUUGGCCGGUGAGUCUGUCUCCUGCGAGUGCCCUGCCGGGCGAGCGGCCCAAGAGCCCGUCCUCUGCGCCACGAGGGGGGGGUGGUGGAGGAGGGGGGGGCAAGGGGAAGGCCAGGGGCAAGAAGGGGAAGGGAGGCAAGACCAAGCCGGAGCCCCCUGAGGAGACGGACCCCAGGAAGUUGGAGCUGCUUAACUGGGUGAACUCUCUGGAGCAGGCCAUGAUGGAUGCCCUGGUGUUGGACAGAGUGGACUUUGUCAAGCUGCUGAUUGAAAAUGGAGUCAAUAUCCACCACUUCCUCACCAUCCCACGACUAGAGGAGCUGUACAACACAAGACUGGGACCAGCUCACAACCUGCACAUUGUGGUCAGGGAUGUGAAAAAGGGAAACCUCCCACCAGAUUACCAGAUCACCUUGAUUGAUAUCGGAUUGGUUGUAGAGUUUCUGAUGGGAGGAGCUUUUCGCUGCAAGUACACCAGGAAGUGCUUCCGGACGCUGUACACCAACCUGUACGGUCUUAAAAGACCAAAAGCUCUAAAACUCCUAGGAAUGGAGGAUGACGAGCCACGAAAGGGCAAAGGUAAGAAGAACAAGAAGAAAGAGGUAGAGGAGGACAUUGAUUUAGAUGACCCCGAGUUGUGCCGGUUUCAAUUCCCCUUCCACGAGCUCAUGGUGUGGGCCGUGCUGAUGCACCGCCAGAAGAUGGCGCUCUUCCUGUGGCAGCGGGGCGAGGAGGCCAUGGCCAAAGCCCUGGUGGCCUGCAAGCUCUACAAGGCCAUGGCCCACGAGUCCUCCAAGAGUGAGAUGGUGGACGACAUCUUCCAGGACCUAGAGAACAACUCCAGGGAGUUUGGCCAGCUGGCCUACGAGCUCCUGGACCAGUCCUACAAGCACGACGAGCAGGUGGCUAUGAAGCUGCUGACCUAUGAGCUGAAGAACUGGAGUAACUCCACCUGCCUGAAGCUGGCCGUGGCCGCCAAGCACAGGGACUUCAUCGCUCACACCUGCAGCCAGAUGCUGCUCACCGACAUGUGGAUGGGCUGCCUGCGGAUGGGGAAGAGCAACGGCCUCAAGGUCAUAUUAGGCAUUGUUUUCCCACCUUCCAUUCUCCUCAUGGACUUCAGGCUUGGAGAGGAGGCCACAUAUAACUCUUCCAAGGAGAAAGAAGAGGGAAAAGAUAGAGAUGAUGAUAACAAGUCCAACAAGGAUGGAGCCUCUAAUUCAGACGGGAUGUCUAAGAAGGGCGAUGAAGAGGACCAUCAGAGGAAACAGAGAAGAAUCCCAACCAUCAAAAAAAUCUUUGAGUUCUAUAGCACCCCUUUCACCAAGUUCUGGUUCACCACGAUUGCCUAUCUCGUGUACCUCAUGCUGUACAACUACAUUAUUCUGGUGAAGAUGGAACGCUGGCCUUCACUACAGGAGUGGAUUGUCAUCUCUUACAUCAUCACUUUGGGGCUAGAGAAAAUCAGACAGAUCCUGAUGUCCGAACCAGAGAAGCUGAAGCAGAAGAUCAACGUGUGGUUGGAGGAGUACUGGAACAUCACCGACCUGGUGGCCAUCUCGGUCUUCCUCAUCGGCCUGCUGCUCCGGCUGCAGAGCGAGCCCUACAUGGGCUACGGCCGGGUCAUCUACUGCGUGGACAUCAUCUUCUGGUACAUCCGGGUCCUCGACAUCUUUGGGGUCAACAAGUACCUGGGGCCUUACGUCAUGAUGAUCGGCAAGAUGAUGAUCGACAUGCUGUACUUCGUGGUGAUCAUGCUGGUGGUGCUGAUGAGCUUCGGCGUGGCGCGGCAGGCCAUCCUCCACCCCGACGAGGAGCCCACCUGGAGGCUGGCCAGGAACGUCUUCUACAUGCCCUACUGGAUGAUCUACGGGGAGGUGUUUGCGGACUCGAUAGACCGUAAGACUAGAGUUCAUAUGUACGCUAUGGAAAUCAACCCUCCAUGUGGUGACAACCUGUACGACGAGGACGGAAAGAAGCUUCCUCCCUGUAUACCUGGUGCCUCGCUCACCCCCGCCCUCAUGGCCUGCUACCUCCUGGUGGCCAACAUCCUGCUGGUCAACCUGCUCAUCGCCGUCUUUAACAACACCUUCUUCGAGGUGAAGUCCAUCUCCAACCAGGUGUGGAAGUUCCAGCGGUACCAGUUGAUCAUGACCUUCCACGACCGGCCCAUCCUGCCGCCCCCGCUCAUCAUCUUCCCCCACAUCUACAUCCUGCUGCAGAGGCUCUGCUGUCGCUGCAGCCGGCGCAAACAGGAAGGGGAGCAGGAAGAGCGGGAACGGGGUCUCCAACUUGUGCUGAACGUCGAAGAGUUGAAGAGCCUGUAUGAGUUCGAAGAGCAGUGUGUGGAAGAAUAUUUUCACGAGAAGGAGGACGAAAAGCAGUCGUCCAACAACGAGCGCAUCAGGGUCACAUCCGAGAGGGUGGAGAACAUGUUCAUGCGGCUGGAGGAGGUGAACGAGAGGGAGCACUCCAUGAAGGCCUCCCUGCAAACGGUGGACCUCCGGCUGGGCCAGCUGGAGGAGUUCUCCAGCCGCAUGAUGAACGCCCUGGAGAAGCUGGCGGGCAUCGACCGGGCGGAGCUGACACGCACCCGAUCCAGAGGCUCCUCCAUCUGCGACCCCUCCACCCUGCUGCGUCAGGGCAGCAUCGGCAGCGCCGACGGCUACAGCGUCUAUCGCUUCCCCAUGGAGACGGAGUCGACCGCGGACACGGCUAAAGACCGGACGGCCCAGCUCGGCCCUGAGAGGAAGGGGAGUUUCAAGGAGGUUCCUCCGGCGUCGGUAGACGGAGGCGUCCCCGCUAAAGAGUACGGCACUACACUGGAGGUGAUGCCCUUAAGGGAUAGAAGGUGCUCUGUUUCAAACGUUGACAUCACGAUUACCUCUUGUGACCCGGAGCAGAAGCCUGAGAAGUCAUUAGCGAGUGCUGUUGAUGAGCUGCUGCCAAAGGGAAUCCCCAGCAAGGAGGCGUUGACCAAUUCAUCGGAUAAACCUGGAGUUGCUUUUGCAAAGGCAAAAGUGGAUGCAACCCUUUCUUACCCCCUAGUGAAGUCAAAAGAGACGCAAUAUUUGCCACCGCAAACUCUCAGCAGCUCACCAUCUUCCAGCCGGAAGACAAUGAGUGGGAUUGUGUACAACCCCAUGAACAGAGGAGAAGAGAAUAACUGGGCUAAAUACUUUCCAUCGGCUCCCGAUGUGCCAGGUUUGGACACUACAUCACCAAGCAUGGCUCAAUGGGGAGCCCACUUUGAGUACAAAGGUCAGCCCUCCUUUGGUUUCAUGCCCACGGUUUCAUUGGCAAGUCCUCCUGAUGGUGAAUCCAACUCAGAGACCAAGCAGGAAAAUGACGGAAGUACAUCAAGCCAAACAGCUGGGGAACAAGAAGCCAUGGCGCAAGAGAACAAUCAGAAUAGUCGGACAGGGAUGGAGGAUGAUGAUUCAGGGCAUUUACUCGUGGCUCAUGAUAGGAUGUAUCCAACGCUCAGGUCCAAGAGCCUGAAUAGCAAUCCUUGCAAAACUAAGAGUAAGAGUGGCCAGGAAAAGCCCCUUGCAGCGAGCAGUGUCAAAGACCUGGUGGCUGCUUUUGGAAGCCAAGAGCCACCCACAUCACACCAUGGCAAAUGAUAGCCAUUAAUGGUGGGACUAGCAACUACCAAGGAAACCUAUACUUGUUUAAUUUACUUCAUAUUUUUUUACUUGAUUCUACUUAAGCCUUUAUAACAUAUAUAUAUCUUACAUUUUAGGACUUCUAACUAAUUAUUGAUAUUGUUACUUGAUGAAAUAUGCUCUGAAAAGCCGAUUUUUUUUUCUUACAAUUGUUUCAUUCCAGUCAGUUACUCAGGACCAGUGGACCUGGAAGGAAGUGUUUCCAGGGAAACAUUGGCUACUGUAAAAAUCCUGUUAAUCCUACAAAUUUUAUUAGGACUCAUUUUGACCCAAAUCCAGAUGUUAUUUUGGUAUGUUUUUGUGGGUUGGAGACUGUUCUCUGGUUAGGGUUUUGAAAUGGCCAUCUCAAAGAUAUUCUUUUCUUUCUCUUCAAUGGCGGAAAUAAAGCAGUUGCCCCUGCCCACCCAAGGGAGUGGAGGGGUGAGUCUGUUGCAGUAAGGCCCAAUCCUAUUUCUACACCUAACACCUUCCCCUUACCUCUGUCCCUUACCCCUUCAAAACAAGGGGGAGGGGUAAGGGGAAGGGGUAAGGGAUAGAAAUGGGAUUUGGCCUAACUCUGCCAUACCCUCUCAGGUGGAUCAACCAUUGCUGGGUGAUAGAAAACUUGUCACUGGAUAACUGUGCCCUUUGAGGUUUGAAUGCAUGCCGGGAAAGUCCCCACCCACACCCAGUUAGUAACUUUAAUAAUAUUACAAAUGCAAGGGCUUUAAUCAGUGGGCCAUAUGCUCAAUCCCUUUCAUGUUAUCUCAUUUGGCUAUGUGACUUCACUGACAUUUGUCACAAUGGAAAUCGUCAUCCUCGAGAUUGCGACUUUGUCGUUGUGGCUAUGGGCUAUGUGUUAGAAAUGCAAUGUUUCAUGUCAGGUACGAUUGCUUUCAGUCAGAUGCUAAAUCUCGUACUCCUGAUUACACAGUGUCACAAUGGUCACUCCAGCUUAUCUCUGAAUAUCACAUUAUGGUGUGAAAUGGGAUGUGGUCUUCAACUGAUAUGUGGUGUUUUAUAAUUCAGAUACAUAAAGAUGUUUUUGAGAUUGUGUGUGCGAUUUUUUGGUACGUACAGUAUAUCCAACCUGUAAUACACCUUCUAUUUAUACGCCCUUUGCUAACAGUCCCCCCCAUAGAGCACGGCCAAAAGACAUGAGCAUCUUUCCUUUGCUUGUAUGAAUGUACACAUCAACAUCCUGAAGUCUAAAAUAUGUAGAUGUUUUUUGAGUUUCUCAAAUGUAUAUUAACGGGAAUUGCAACUCCCACUGUGUUGACUUAUAAUGUCCUUAAAUAACAUACUGCCACUGUUUAAAUCACUAAGCAAUGCCAUGUUUUAUAAAAAAUCCACUAGGUGGAGGCUUCAGCCCAGGAAUUACACUCAAGAGGCAUUAGGCAUUAGUUUGACCAGUACAUUCAAACUAGCAAUACCUACAGGUCUUGUAAAAUGUAUAAACAAGCAUAGUGUAUUGUAUCUUUAGCAUGAAGUACGAUACAUCCAUAAAUGCUGAAUAAAAUAGAUUGCAGGCAAAUUUCCCUUCAUAGAUUAUGUGAAUAAAGUCCUCUGAUUAAAGAGGAAUAUGAUUAUAAAUCCCUGUGCUGAAC